AUGUUGGGAGAUUGUGGAGUAGACAAAACAACGAUUUUCAAUAAGUAAGAAGAUCUACUUAAGUAAAAGUUUUUUGGAUAUCAAUUCUAAUACAGAAACAACCAUUGGAGUAUAACAUCAUUCAUUCGCAAGAAAUAAUGCUAAAUUUUCAAUAUGGGAUAGUGCAGGAUAGGAAAAGUACAGAUCCAUAGUGUCAAGGUGUUGAUCUAUUUUAUAUAAAGCCAUGAAAAAAAAAGCAAAAGCUGCGAUUGUGGUUUAUGAUUGUUCAAAUGAAACAUCUUUAUUUUGCAUAUUGAUAAAUGGAUAAGAACUUGUUUUCUAAGCUGGUUCAAAUGUUAAAAUUGCAUUAAUAGGGAUAAAUAAAUCUAAAAAACAAUUUUGGUUAGAAUAAAACAGACUGAGAAAACUUCGACAUAAACGAGCAUACUUAAAAAUUAACUGA